AUGUCUUACGCUUACGGACCACAAGGCGCAAACUCGGUGUUUGGCAGGGAUGCAGGAGCCCAGCCUCCUCCCAGGGGAGCCGGCGCUGGAUGUAUGGUCCCCCUUAACAUGGCUCAAGCCUGGAAUCUAUAUUCCUGGUACAGCCAGCUCAGCAACCCCUGGUCCAUGCAGUGGCUCAACACGUUGGGCCUUGGCAGUCGCCCGCCGCAGAAUCCGCCGGCGUUCAACCCGGACAUGCCGGCUGCGCAACUGGCGAACUCGACCGGCGGCGUGGGCUGCGAGCCCGGUUACAACUACUUCUUUCCGGCCGAGCACACAAAAGUCCACGUGCUCAAGACGGGCGGCAUUCUCCCCUGGCAACUGUCUACCGACUUCAAGAUCGACUUUCACGCAUGCAUGGUCCCUACCAACGUCAAGCUCCGGGACCUCAUGAAGGGGUUCGGCGCGGACAACCCGAACCCGAUGAUGAACCACAUCUAUGAGGUCACUAUGGGGUCCGGGAACGGGCAAUGGUACAAGGGCCUGCACUUCUCCGGGGAUCAGUUGGACGAGAUGGAGAGGCCGAUCUCGUCGUUGGGCUGGAACGGGGAUCGCACCGGGCUUCCCGGCGACAAGGAUGUGGUUUGGCUGUACCUCACCAAGGGCUGA